AUGGCAUCCAGCCAGACGCGGCUGGCAGGCCUUGUGCGCACCACAUAUUGCAAUGCUUCUAAAUCUGCGAUCAAUACCUGGCUCGCUCAACUUGUUGCAGACAUAGCCGGGACCGGAAUUGAGGCUCUGUGGUGCCUUCUUUUAGAGACUCAUGAGCUGCAGACGCUGAAAGCAUUGGAAGCAGCAGGUGUAAACAUAUCUUUUGAUAGAAUUCUGGUUCCAAAUCCAAGUGAACAAGAGUGCUCAGCAAUGCAUCUUGCAGCACCUGGCAUCCAUUCAAUUCCGUGUGCAUCCCACACAUUGCUUGCAGAGCUGUCGACGAGCGGCAUCAACCCGAAUAUUCCAGGACUUUCAACUUUCAGGAAACAGUGGGAAUGUGGCAAGUUUGACUUUGUUUGGCUGGACUAUUGCGGGACACUCAUGUUUCUUGUCGAGACAACUAUAUCGAUGCAAUCAGCUGUCCUGCGCCUUUGGUUUCACAGCACUUGA